AUGGAAACGAAAUUGAAGAACACGCGCGGAGAAUGUGAAUUUGACCCAACACUGGAGGAGAUGGAAAAGCACCGUAGAUUGAUGAACGAACGAGAGAUUGAAGAUUCUAAAAAAUGCCUGAAAAAGUUGUUUAAAGAAUACGAGGCAACAUGUUUAUGUGGUAAAUGUAAUAAUUUGGAUGACAUGGAAUAUUGCUGCGCGAGUAUAUUCCCAUCAAAUGUGAAAUUUCAAGCGAACAUAGGAAAAUUGGUGUCGGAAAAACUCGAAGAGAAAUUUUGGAAGGGUGAACACAACAGAUGUAUUGUUGAUUGUGAUAAUUUCGAAAAAUAUUUGGACGAGGAAGUGGGUUCUGUACAGGAAAACAAUGAAUUAAUGUAUUAUUUCAGACUUUGAAAGUGUUCAAAACUGGAUAUAAGUUUGGAUUGGGAAUUGAUGAUAAUUCUUGGAAACCAACGUGAGUCAAUCUAGUUUUUUUCUAAAAUUCAUAAGAGUUUAUUAUAGGAAUUACCGAUUUUACUCAUAUUCAAUGUUUGUUGCGGAUCUCAACUUGAAACUGAAAAAGAAAAGGUUGCCAUUGCCUGCUUGCAUCAUCAAAAGAGUUCGAGAAAAAUGGCCAUCCUCCAGCUACACCGGUUUUUUAUCUGGUUUCACUUUUAAUUAUGAGAAUGAUUGUGAUUGA